CAAAGUCUACUCUUUGAGUCGUCCUCUUGGCUGAUACGUUCAGAUUCUGAUUAUAAAACCCUUGUUGAGUUCGAUCCUUUCAUUACCAAAGAUAACUCAGUUUACUUCAAGCAUGGACGGCGAAGCUCAAGAGACCCAUUUACUUCAAGGGAUUCCAGACAAUUAUGGAGGUGUUAAGGUGGACUUGACGGAGCCAAUGACUGUUGAAGAUUUUGUCCCAAAACUGAGCGCUUCACUUGUGGCAUGGAGAAGUCAGGGGAAGAAGGGAAUAUGGAUGAAACUGGCUGAUGGGCUUGACAAUCUGAUUGCACCAGCGAAAGCGGAAGGGUUUGUAUGCCACCAUGCCGAGAGAGAAUACACAAUGCUUACAUCUUGGAUCUCUGAGCUACCUAACACUCUUCCUGCCAAUGCGUCCCGUCGUAUUGGAGUCGGUGCUUUUGUCCUAAACAAGAAUACGAGAGAGGUGCUCGUGGUCCAGGAGAUUGAUGGUCAUUUCAAAGGUACAGGCGUGUGGAAACUACCUACCGGUGUUAUUAACGAGGGUGAGAAUAUUUGGGAAGGAGCACUUAGGGAAGUCGAAGAAGAAACUGGUAUUAAGACAAAAUUUGUAGAAGUCUUGGCUUUCAGGGAAAGCCACCAAGCAUUCUUGGAAAGAAAAACGGAUCUAUUUUUCUUAUGUGAGUUAGAACCAAUUACUUUUGAAAUUAAGAUACAAGACUCUGAAAUCUUGGCUGCUAAGUGGAUGCCGAUUGAGGAAUAUGUAAACCAACCCUGGAACCAGAAGAAAGAGAUGUUUAGGUUUAUGGCUAACAUCUGCUUGAAGAGAUCGCAGGAGAUGGAAUACAUGGGUUUCUCCACUGUCCGCACAAUGGGUAGGGAGAACUAUCUUUACUGCAACUCUGAUCAUGCCAACCUCCUCAACGCAACGCGUGGCCUAGCCUCCAUCUCUACUCCCACCCCUCGUUGAAACCCUCUUCAGAAACAUGUUUAUGCUUCUUUGUGUUCAUGUCUAUUGUUCAAUAAAAGCAUCAGUCUAGUGUGUACAAAGACUGGAAACUUCUUUAUAUAAUCCAUCCACCAUUCGCUCAUUGCAAUACAAACUUCAUUUAUCUGUGACUUUUGUCACAUCGCUGA